UGCGCGGUUUCUAAAAAUUCAAAUUUCAUCAUCUUCCCCAAUCACUUACACUUGUGAUUUUCUAUCAACCAUUCCUUCAAUCAGCUGAAAUAUGAUUUCUCCAAGCGAAGAAGGAGAAGGAAAUUCAAAACGAAAAUGGUCCUUACAAGACUUCGAGAUCGGCAAACCCCUCGGCAAAGGCAAAUUCGGUAGGGUCUAUCUUGCCAGAGAAGUCAAGAGCAAAUACAUUGUGGCAUUGAAAAUCAUAUUCAAGGAACAAUUAGAAAAAUACAGGAUCCACCAUCAGUUGAGGAGAGAAAUGGAAAUUCAAACCAGUCUUCGCCACCCCAAUAUACUGCGGCUUUACGGCUGGUUUCAUGAUAGUGAACGUAUUUUCUUGAUUCUUGAGUAUGCUUAUGGGGGUGAGCUUUAUAACGAGCUUAGAAAACACGGUCAUUUCAGUGAGGAACAAGCUGCUACAUACAUUGCUAGUUUGACAACAGCGUUGGCAUAUUGUCAUGAGAAACAUGUAAUUCAUAGAGAUAUCAAACCAGAAAAUUUGCUGCUUGAUCAUGAGGGUCGGUUGAAGAUUGCAGAUUUUGGAUGGUCGGUACAAUCCAGAAGCAAGAGACACACAAUGUGCGGAACUCUGGACUAUUUGGCACCAGAAAUGGUGGAAAAUAAAGCUCAUGAUUAUGCAGUGGAUAACUGGACUUUGGGUAUUCUUUGUUAUGAGUUCCUCUAUGGUGCUCCCCCCUUUGAGUCCGAGAGUCAAAGCGAUACAUUCAAAAGGAUUAUGAAGGUUGACCUCAGCUUCCCAUCCAGUCCUAAUGUCUCAAUGGAGGCUAGAAAUCUCAUCAGCCGGGUAACAAUAUGCAUUGGUUAUGAAAAAUCAUGGUCAAAUUCUAUAGAAGCUUCUUGUGAAGGACUCCUCGAAAAGGCUCUCUCUUCAGAAGAUAAUGGAGCACCCUUGGAUUAUUAAGAAUGCAAACCCUACGGGUACUUGCAAAAAAUAGAACUUGUAGUAGUUUUAGAUUCUAUGUCGUAAAAGCUGUUAACAGAUUGCAAUUCAGCUGUGAAUGUAUUGUUCAAACUGGGAUGAUAAUCAUCACUUUAUUCUCUUUUGUGAUGCAUUAAGCUCUACUUUUGUCCAUAUAGGCGUUCAUCUAUGAAUCUGAUUACAUAGGAUUAUAGUUGUA